CAAUCUCACAUCGCACUCCUUCCAACUCGAUUUCGGGCGAUGCCGCGAGGCCAAGUAGCCAACAGUGGACGCCGCCAUCGAAGAUGUGGACUGGCCCGCCACCGGCCGCGGACGCAGCAUACCGCCAACAAGCACAAUCCCAGCCAGCUUCCCAGCGCUACGUGCAGGUUUCUCACCAGACUCCGCAGGAGUUCCAGCGACAGAUCCAAGGUCUUCCGAGCACGGCGAGUCGUGAAGGCGCCCAUGCGAGAAUGCUCCGAGAGCAGGGCUACCAGGCAUAUUCUCCUUCCACCGGCUUUCCACGAAACAGCUUUGGCCAGACGUACGACACUGCAAAGAUGUGGCACAGCCCGCAGGCGCCGACACCAAGUCCACUGUCGGAUCCCAACACUCCGGGCUACGCACAUUCUCGUGGUCAGACGCCGAACAACAUGACGCACUGGAAUGCGAUGGCUCGACCAGACAUGUCAUACAUGGUCACUCAGCGAGCUCCGCAGCAGCAUUACCAACCGCAACAGUACCAGCAACAGCCCCCGCCACCGCAGCAGCAAUACCAACAGCAGCUGCCACAGCAACAACAGGCGCCCGGUGCUGGGUACGGUCCGAUGUUGCCUCAGAUGGGAGGGCACGAGACGUGGAGGUACAACUAGGAGGCAGUAUAGAUUACGCCUCGUGCGGGAGCAUUUCGAUGGUGAUGAAUAAGGAGGAGGAUGCAGGGCAGCAGCAAUUGACAACAUCAUGCAGUCACGAAGAAGGGACCAUGCGAUUAGUGAAUACCUUAGGCUUGGAUGAUAUUGUAGAAUACAGAGUUUUGCAAUGGCACGAUCGCUCCGCUCU